AUGGUUGAAUCCUGGGACGCCGACAAGGAGCUUCAUACCGCAUUGGCCGUUAUUACGGCCUUGGUGAUUAAGAAUCACGAUAAUAGGAACGCACUCAUAUUCGAAUGGCAGAAGGUGGCGGACAUGGUGAACAAGGUCAAUAACUGUGGCCUCACCGGGGAAAACGUCCGCACGCAUGUCUUGCAUCGCAUGCUCCGCGGUUUCUUGAAGGACGCUGAACCUGAAACUCCCACCUCGCUGAACCGUUCUAGCCUACACAUGCCUUAUGAGCCGUGCUACUUGUCUUUGGGACCUGCUCAAGAUGGCCUUCUUCCCGUGCGUCUCGUUACCACCAGAGUUAACCACGACCCCCAAGAAGAUCAGCCUCAGCCUCAAGCUGCAGUUUCGACUGCGAAGGACGCUGACGAAGAAGGGAUGCUCGAGCCUAGUAUUCCGUCCAAGGCCAUGGAGAAACGCAAGGCCGCUGACGAGUUUUCCAGCCCUGUCGCCAAGAAAAUCAAAAUCGUGCUUAGUGACGACGAUGACGCUGCUGAUGGUGGCGUAGAGAGCUCACCUUAUUAG